AUGGGUUCCCACAUCCAGCAACUCGGCAUUCCCGCAGAGAUGAAAAUUAGCAGCUUCUCCAUGCAAAACUUCCUGGCCAGUUUCCUCCCCAUGUCGGCCCUCCUCAUCCACGUCUUCUACGUGGUCCGCAACCGCCACACCUCGGGGAGCUGGAGCACCGUCGGCGAGCUGGUCGCGCUCGAGCACCUACCUACGCGCAGGUCGCGCAGAUCCGCGUCCGGAGAACGCCCGGGUCGACGGAGGAUGACGACGAACACGAACACGCCGACGCGUCGCUCCGCGAGAAGCUGCAUCUACGCCAUCCGGCUACGUGGCCGAACCGGCGGAGAGACUGGUGCCGCAGAUCUCGUCGGAGAGUCAGACGACGAUGGGUAUAGUCCAGAUGGAUCGUUUGUAUGGAUGAGAAGGGACCAGGUGCUGCCUGGACUUACCUUGAGACGGGGUGUUAUCGGGGUGUUAUGA